AUGUUUAUGCUCCGCAACGGUAAGCAACGCGUUGUCUGCCCCGCCAAACCCCUCCAUACCAACGGUUACAUUUCACCUUCGUCAUAUACGGAUAAACUGACAUUCCUCAUUUUCGUGUUGUCAACAGUGAGCAAAUUCCUCUUUGGUGAUACUUCCAAAGAGUCCAUCAUCGAAAUCCCGCAGGGCCAGCUGUAUCUGGUCCGCCCCUUAUCGCCCAAGGGUUAUUCCGAACUCAUAUUCAAAGACGCUGCGGCCACGAUUCGGCGCACUGGUCAAGAAUUCCAGUACCAGCUGGUCAUUCAGAGAGCCUACGAAGAAGGCGAGGAGGAACUCGCAGACGACGAAGACGAAGAAGGCGCCGCGGACGGUCUAGUCGACAAGGACGAGAAGGUCUUUCUGCUUGACCAGACCUUGCACUUCCGCUCGGAGGUUCGUGACGGAGGAUCGAAGAUCUUGGCGUGGGAUGAUCUGAGCGGUGACGCGGGUGAUCUAUUCGAGUUCAUUUGCGACCCCUCAGUCCCAUCGGACAAAGUAGCUACGUUUGAGCUGGCCGCCCUUCAGUGUCAGUACGAGCGUAAGUUCCGUCGCAGCGCCCAGAAGGCUACCGAGGAAGAGCUGCAGGGGUUUUCAUUCCGCGAGGAGAAGCCCAUUCCGUCCGCGAGCCCGGUCUCUUCCCCGACCACGAAAUCGCGUGCGCAUUCCUUGACCUCGGGCGAUUCAGCAGCAGCAAUGGCACGAGACGUCAAGUAUGCUCAGUCUAAGGGCCAACUCAAGUCGGCAGCAGCGGAUGAAGAACCUACCACUGCUCCAGCCUCUGCAGCCCAGCCUGAAGCCAAGGAAGUUCUCAGCAAGGAGAAGGCUGAGCUUCACCUGUUUGACUUUUCCACCGGAUCUUUUGUCCUGCAGGACUCCGACGUGCUGGCAACUGUGACUGAGAUUGGAAACUGGCAGUACUGGCUUCAGAUCAGCGGCAAGGACAAGGAUUGGCUGGGACAGGCAGUUGUGGGCGAUAUCAACCCCGUCUUCAACUUUGAGUAUCUUUCGUUCAUCUUCAAUCACUACUCAGAAGAUGGAGCGGCAUACUCCUGGCUGCUGCGGUUCAAGGACCAGGCCUCCGAAGAGCGGUUCCAGGAGGGCUUGAUGCAGGCGCUCUGGGAACAGCUCAACGAGAUGAAGUGGACCAAAGUCAAGGAGAAUGAUCGAGAAUAUGUCCUUGAUGCAUUCCAAGAUCUCACCAUGGAGGAUGCCGACGACAGGCCGGAAGAAGAAGCAGAGGAGGAGGAGCAGGAGGAAGAGACCGACCAGGAUGAUGGUCAACGCAGCGAGCACUAUGACUCGGACGAGGAAGAAGAGGAUGUGGUGACGCGGGAUGAGGAUGGCAACGUUAAUUCUCAGCUGGCCGUGGGAUACAAGCAUGACCGUUCGUUUGUCGUUCGCGGGUCGAAGAUUGGUGUUUUCAAGCAUACCCCGAACAACAAUCUUGAGUUCUCUACCAACAUUUCCAAGGUGGAAACUCCAAACGGCAAGCUGUUCAGCCCCAAGAAGGUCAUGCUGCACGCGGAGGACCGCAACAUGGUUCUCCAGAAUGCCGACGACCCCAAUUCACUGUACCGCAUGGACUUGGAAUACGGCAAGAUUGUCGAUGAAUGGAAGGUCCAUGAUGACAUUCCCGUCGAUACCUUUGCGCCUGAGAAUAAAUUCGCGCAAUUGACCUCGGCGCAGCCGUUUGUGGGUGCAUCCAAGAAUGCCCUCUACCGGAUCGACCCUCGUGUGUCAGGCAACAAGCUCGUCGAUAGCGAUCUGAAGCAGUAUGCUAGCAAGAACGACUUUUCGGCUCUCGCCACAACCGAGAAGGGGUAUCUUGCUGUCGCGUCGAACAAGGGUGACAUCCGGAUGUUUGAUCGUCUGGGAAUCAAUGCCAAGACUCAUAUUCCAGCUCUGGGCGAACCGAUUAUCGGUCUGGAUGUGUCCGCCGAUGGGCGCUGGGUGCUCGCGACAUGCCGCACCUACUUGCUCCUCAUCGACUCGAUGCAGAAGGAUGGCAAGAAUGAAGGCAAACUCGGAUUCGAACGCUCUUUUGCCAAGGAUUCGAAGCCUCAGCCCCGUCGCCUGGGUCUCCAGCCCGCGCACGUCGCGCAGUUCCAACACGAGACGAAGCAGCCUUUGGCAUUCACCCCGGCCCGCUUCAACACCGGCGUUGACUCCGAGGAAACGUCCAUUAUCACCGCCACCGGCCCCUUCAUCAUUACCUGGGGUUUGAAGAAGAUCAUUGCUGGUCGCAAGGAUCCGUACACCAUCAAGCGCUACGGUGAGAAUGUCAUGGCCGACAACUUCCGGUUUGGCUCCGACAAGAACGUCAUUGUUGCUCUUCCAAACGAGGUCAACAUGGUCGCCAAGCGCAGCUUCCAGAAGCCCACACGCGAGAGCAUUGCUGGCCCAGUCACGCCCAGCCGUGCCCGAAGCGGCCGAUGGGGCAGCCACCUCGGCAAGAACGAUAUUGUCAACUCUCCAUACUAA